CGGCGCCGGCGCCAGUGCGCAGGCGCAGGCCGACCGGGCGCGAGCCAGCAGUCCUCGCGCGCUCCCGCGGUUCCUCUCCCCACCGUGGCCGCGGCGCGGGAAGGACAGCGAGCGGCCGCGAUGGCUGACGAGAUUGCCAAGGCUCAAGUGGCCCAGCCCGGGGGCGACACCAUCUUCGGCAAGAUCAUCCGCAAAGAAAUCCCGGCCAAGAUCAUCUUCGAGGACGACCGGUGUCUUGCUUUUCAUGACAUUUCCCCUCAAGCGCCAACACACUUUCUGGUGAUACCCAAGAAGCAUAUAUCCCAGAUUUCUGUAGCAGAUGAUGACGAUGAAAGUCUUCUAGGACAUUUAAUGAUUGUUGGCAAGAAAUGUGCUGCAGAUCUGGGCCUGAAGCGCGGGUACCGGAUGGUGGUGAAUGAAGGUGCGGACGGGGGACAAUCUGUUUAUCACAUUCACCUCCACGUCCUUGGGGGUCGGCAGAUGAACUGGCCUCCUGGUUAAGCAGCCUGGGGAUAAGUGUCCUUCUUUAGAUAGUUGGCAAGCUUCAGUAAGUUAAAUGGCACACAUAGUUUUGCCUGUGUAUGGAGAAAUUGAAGAGAUCAUUUAAAAUUCUGUGCCUAAUAAAAGACAUGGUUGCACGUCA